AUGUCUACCCCAAACGCAGGCGGCAGGGAAGAAGACCCCAACGGCCUGGCCCUUGAGAAAGAAUCGGGCAUCGACCAUGUCGAAGUUGCGCAAGAGGUUGAAGAAAUACUUGGACUCAGGGCUUUCAGUACCACGGCGUCCCGGCUCCUGAGCGGCCUGCCGUACGUCCUGGCUGCUAUUCUGGCGUUGGGCUCGGGCUGGCUGGGCGACCGCUACCACCUUCGCGGGCCCAUUAUCGCCGUGCAUCAACUGAUCACAGCUAGUGGCAUGCUCAUCGCGGUAUAUUUCAAGUCGAACGCUGCGCGAUACUGUGGUGCAUUGCUGGGUAUCGGUUUCCUGCAAUUUUGCGUCCCCGGGAUCCUAACCUUCCCAGCGAACAAUAUCACCACGCACUCCAGACAAGGGGUUGCGUCGACCGUGUGCCUCAUCGGCGGGGGUAUUGGUGGCGUGGUGGUCAGCUGUGCAUUCCUAGCAAGCGACUAUGAGCAGUCGUGCAAGUGUCGAGCCUCGGUAUAA